AUGAGCUCUCGUGCCCUCCUAUAUAACUAUGUUGAUAGGGAGGAUAGCAAAAAAAUGAUGUUGGCUCCGGGUGAAGCUAGGAUACAGCGAGAAGAUAUCAAUUGGGAUUUCCGUCCGUUGGCGACCGCAGCUGUCCUGCUGUCAGCAGAAGAUGCUUAUGUGUUGAUGUUGAUCGAACACCGUAUGACUCGGCGAUUGGAUAUUCAUUCCGCUGAUGGACCGUUGGUGCACCCUCAUCUGAUUCUCGGAGCGAAGUUGCCUCGACCGCGAUGGACGAAGAAACCUCGCAGGAAAUUCAAUACAGUAUCGUCUCAGGACGGUUUAGAAUAUCUCGCUGAGCAGUGGUUGCAUGAUGCGAAUAAAUAA